GCACAUUCUCGUUUGCUGCCAUAUACUAAUGCAACUCUCCACUGACUCUCGUCCCGCUACAGUCUUUUCCUGUCGACGCCACAUCCACAAUGCCUCUGCUCGCUCUCCCGCACAACAGUCUCCCAACACCAAUAUCAAACUCCACCGAAACCGUUUGGCAUACCUUUGCUACGAGAGCAAACACAGUCCCCAACUCUUUCCAGACGAACACGAUCAUAGGCGCAUGUGUGAUGUUCUUGGUCAUCUUAAUAGCAUGGAAUCUACCGAUCCUGCGUGAUUUCAUUGCCGGUUUAAAGCUCCUUACAGUCGGUAUCCACGAACUCUUCCACCUGGCCGUCGGCCUCAUCUGCGGCGGCCAAGUCGUCAGUAUCUGUAUCGACCCCAACGACGGGGGUGCCACCCAUAUCAUGGGCCUUAUGCGGCAGACACCGAGGAUACCAAGGGAUCCGUACGCGAUGCCGACGUUUGCACAAGCGUUUUGGAGUGUGUCGGCGGUGAUGACGUUGGGUGCGGGGUAUUUUGGCUCGUCGGUGGUUGGGUUCUUGUUCGUGUUUUGCGGAUUCGAUAUCGUCGCUUCCAAAGUUUGCGCGUUGGUCAUACAUAUCGCCAUGCUCGUUCCCGUCCUCAGAGCAGAUCACUGGAUUGCAUUUGCGAGUAUCAUCGCCUGUGAAGUCAUCAUGAUCGGACUAUGGUUUGGCGAUCACGGAAAUGCUUUACGCUUCUACGUGAUAUUCGUCGGCAUGAUGAACCUAUUUUACGUAGUCUGGGAUUACGUCGAUGAACGAUUGUUCGAUAAGCGAAAUACAUCAGAUUGUGCCCAAUUUUCCGAAUUACUAGGGUGGCCUACCAGUUCUUGGUUCAUCCUCUGGUUCAUAUGGGAUGCCCUGGUGUUCACUAGUGCCGUGUUCGCCGGUAUCUGCAUUUUCAGGCGGACAGACGCAGAGAUGUAUUCUGAAGCGGCAAAGUUCCUCCCUACGAGAUAGAUUUAGUAUAUUAAUGCAUUGGAAUGACACGGACAGGGCUUCUUUUUUAUGAUAUAGUGUUGUGCGAUGGCAAUUGAUUACAUUCCAUCAUGGUCAUCCUGUCGUAGAUUAGUUGGGUGCGCCAGGAGCGUUAGUGCAAUGAUUAUCGUCGGAAAGCGGAGAGAGACUGUGAUAAGAGUGUGGUGUCUGGCAGCGCAGGUAUAUAGAGGAGCACGGAGAGUCCCAAGGGAUGGAUGUCCUUGUAAUCCUUGCAGCCAUGCCCGGCCGAGAUCGCUCUCAUACGCCCAGCAGGGCACCCAGAUCCACCGCCAUGCGUCCGCCCGCAUACAUGCAUCCCCCCGCGCGGCAGCCGCCAGAAUCACACCAUCCAUACUCACUCCAGCAUUAUUGUCAAUAUUCCGCCUCUCCAUCUGCCACA